AUGCAAGUCCUAGGAGUGCGGGAUCCGGUCAUGUGCCGUGCCUUCUUGCCUACGCUGAAGGGGCCCGCCCAAAGAUGGCUUGUAAGUCAGCCCCCAGGGUCGAUCCACAGCUUUGAAGAACUGGCAGACCGCUUCAUGAGCCACUACGCCGCUAACAUCAAGCCACAGAAGGACCUGACGCACUUAGGCGACAUCCGUCAGGAUGAAGGCGAGUCCUUGAAAGCCUAUCUUGCUCGCUGGCAGAAGGAGAUCCAGUCGAUAGAAGAGGUGGAGGACCAAACAGCGCUCACCUUCUUCAUUGAAUCUUUGCGAUCCGGACAGCUGUAUCGAGAUCUAAGGGACAACCGCCCGGCGACAUACGCGGAGGCUGUCCAGAUGGCCAAUAAGAGGGCCAACACAGAGCAGGCCAUGAAGAAUAAACGGCAGCGCGAGGUCGGUGGGUCCGCCAGCGGAAAAAGGACGCGGGUGGAAACGAGAGAAAGGCGUUCGGAUGCCGUAAGGCGACCCGAGGUCAGGCGACCGUAUGACCGACCCAUCGUCACACCUAUCGACCGGUUCCAGAGCGACCAGUCCGCGAACAAGGGACACCGCCCCCUAACCAAUGGAAGCGAAGGUCGACCGGUCGAGGAGGUGAGGGACCCGUCGCCGACUCAGCAAACAGCCGAGGCAAGCACCGGCUUCCGAAGAGGACGAAGCCCAAUGGCGCAGAAGCCGGUCAUUAACAUGAUAGUCGGUGGGCCAGAAGGCGGCGAUUCCGCGAACACCCGAAAAGCCUGGGCUCGGCAGCUAUAUGUCGGAACAGUCUAUGGUCGAGAAGAGAGCUCCAAAAAGACAUGUCGGGAGCCCAUCGUGUUCACCGAUAAAGACCUGCCAGCUGGGGAAACUCCGCAUCGAGACACGUUGGUCAUCGCCAUGGACAUCAACGGUGUGGUCGUUCGCCGAAUCCUGGUCGACACCGGGAGCAGCGUCAACGUACUGUACCUGGAGACCUUUACCAAGAUGGGGCUGACCCGAGAACAGCUCAGGCCCGUGAACACCCCUCUCGCCGGUUUCACCGGGGACUCGGUGGAGGCGGAAGGGUCCAUCACUCUUCCUGUGGAAAUCGGCAGCUAUCCGAACGCGCAGCAGUUGAGCAUGAAGUUCAUCGUGGUCGAUCUAGCCUGCUCACACAACGACAUACUCGGCCGCCCGGGUUUGGAAGACCUCGGGGCUCUGAUCUCAAUCGAACAUUUGUGCCUGAAAUUCCGCACGCCGAACGGAAUAGGAACGGUGCGUUGUGACCGCAAGGUCGCCCGCGACUGCUAUCUGCAGGCAUGUAGAGGUAUGGGCAAGCGUGGGAUGCAGGUCCAUGAGAUCACCGAGAGGCCCCCUAAGAAAACAGUGAUACCACGCCCGGAGCCGGCCGUCGAGCUAGAGGAAGUUGAAGUGGACCCAGCGCAGCCAAGCAGGCGAGUGAGAAUCGGAAGUCGGCCUUUCGGAGAAGUUAAAGGGGGAAAUCACGAGAGUACUCCAAGAGCACCGGCUGGUCUUCGCCUGGGGCCCAGAAGAUAUGCCCGGCGUAGAUCGAUCGGUCAUAUCGCAUCGACUCGCCGUAGACCCGGAGCACCGGCCGGUCGUGCAAAAGAAACGAUACUUGGCCAACGAUCAGAGGGAGUUUGUGAAGAAAGAAGUCAGCACGCUGUUAGCAGCCGGACACGUCCGUGA